CCAUUCUGGAAGUACUUUUCCUCUUUUUUUUUUUAUUAAUAUCUUUUAAUAUUUCAAGGGCUGUUUCUCUUGGGGUGUUUUUGUCAGAUCUGAAACUUGAGAUGGGAAAAUGAUAAAAAGCUUUUGGAAAGGGAGCAGAAGCAGGGAAGGUGGCUGCUCAGGGUCCUCUGCUCCAGUGAGAGCCUGUGAGGGCUCAAUGCUUGAAGAGAUCGGACUGAUUGACUUUAUCUUCAGGGCUCUUAAUAACUGGGAGCACCUUUUAAUGAGGCUCCAGCCUUGAGAGAGGUCUUUAACACACUGGUGAAUCAUUUAUGGGCGGCUGUCAGCAGGCUCUGCCUAAUGGACUCCUGGGUGCGAGUGUCAGCAGUGGCUGCGGGGGUGUUCCAGGGACUCCUGGCAUCACUGACCUCUUUCUCACCCCCUUACAGAGAUGGAGAAGGAAGAGCAGAGCCUCACUGUGCUCAGGGUGAUGGGUGCUUGGGUCCUGCUCUCAGCCCUACACCUUCAGGUGGCCCAGAGCUGCUUUCUCCUCUCAGCUUAACUGCACCAGCCUGAUGCACUUUUAUUCCAGGCAAUGUUGCUGACCCUGACAGGCUCAGGGAGAGCGGUCCCAACCCUUCUCUGAGCCUCUCUGUGCCCACCAUGGGCUGCACACAACCCCCUCUGACCAGGGCUGCUUUGCAGGGUUGUGUCCGGUGUCUCACACGGACGGUUGUGUUCAGUUGUCCCCAACUGAGUUCUGCAGAUUGUUGCUUGGCCUCACUGAUGGUCCCUUUGCAUUGCUUGGAGCAUCCCGGUGUGUCCCAUAGUGACGCCUUGUAUGAACGACAUCACUUUUUCCAUCGCUUUCUUCCUUGGGCGUGCUUCCUUGGGUCAGCGUCUGUCAUGAUUCACGCUGGGGCUGGGACCCAGCCCUGGUUGCCCUCCCUGUGCCUCAUCUGCCUAAAAACCUUGUCCCAGUUGCUCACCAGCGCUUCGCACACUCCUGCCCUCCUAGGAGGGGAUGAGGGCUUCGCCUGCUUGCUGCUGGGGCAAGGGGAGUGUCCCUCACUGCUGGAUGUGGGGCUUCGGUGAGCUUCAGUGAGCACAACAGCUUUGAGAGGGAAGAUGAUAAUGGUGGGGGAUCUCCUCUUAUCAACCAGGCUAGGUUACCCCUGUCCACUUCCCCAUACAUUUAUCACUCCCCUGCAGGUGAUGGCAAUGUCCCUAAUGCAUUUUCCUCUCUCCCUGGAGGUCUUUUCCAGCCUGAAGUGGUGCUGUGCUAUCCUGGGACCCCUCCUCCAUCUGGAAACACAGCUCCUACCAAGCUUGGUGCCAAGUCCCGUAUCCGUCACGCCCCCUCUGCUGUCGUCACCUUGUCCCCACGGCAAAGUGUUCGCACAGCUGUCACCUCCAGCACCAGCUCAGCAUGUCGCCUCUCACUUCCUUUUGUUGUCUGUGGGGCAGAGCUACGUGUCCAUCCCGAGUGCCUGGGGACCGGGCUGAGACUCCCUGGGGACCCACAGCCACAGGUGCCGAGGCAAGACAGAAGGCGUUUGGCCGUGCUCCGGGGCUCCAGUGUGUGAAGAACAGAGAAGGAGGAGGAGGAGGAAGAGGAAGGUCACUGUGGGUGUUUGCCAUCAAGACGCACAGUGCAGGAUCCCUGCCACUCUUAUGAGCCUGCUGACUGCCGCUAGCCCAAGAUGUCAGCGGGCGACAAGAACGGGGGCAGCCGUUCCAGCAGCAGCCGUCUGCAGAGCAAGAAGCCCCCCAAUCUCUCCAUCGUCAUUCCCCCCCGAGAGGCGGAGGAGGAUGGUGCCUGCAAGGAGCCCUCCAAGGUCCCCAUCUACCGAAAAAGCAAGAGCCUGCAGGAGCCCCGUUCCAAGGGAGGGGACGGCUCAGAGCGUCGACCUGGCUUCCGCCGACAGACUUCCCUGUCCCAGAGCAUCCGCAAGGGCACGGCACAAUGGUUUGGCGUCAGCAGUGACUGGGAGGGGAAGCGGCAGCAAUGGCAACGCAAGAGCUUGCAGCACUGCAGCAUAAGAUACGGCAAGCUGAAGCCUGCCUACCGCGACCUGGAGCUGCCCAGCCAGGAGGUGCCCUCCUUCCAAGGCACCGAGUCACCCAAGCCUGCCAAGAUGCCUAAGAUCGUGGACCCGCUGGCCAGGGGCCGUCCCUUCCGCCAUCCUGAGGAAGUUGACCGUCCCCACACACCCCACCACGUCCUGCCUCCGCUCACCCCUGGCGUUGUCUCCUUGGCAUCCUUCAACAGCAUCCGCUCUGGCUACAACCGCCUGCCACGCAGGAAGAGGGAAUCCGUUGCCCACAUGAGCUUCAAGGCAGCUGCGGCACUUCUCCGCGGACGUUCUGUCCUGGAGCCACUGGCACCCAAGCAGAGGAGCAACAAGAGGAGCUUCGUGUACCCUAGUUUCAUGGACGAGGAUAUGGUGGACGCUGCCGAUACCCUGGACUCGUCCUUCUUCAGUAAGAUGGACAUGCAUGAUGAGACGUAUUCCAUGGCUGAUGAUGUCUUUGAGUCACCACCUUUAUCGGCCACAUAUUUACGCAUGCACCCGGUGGGGGAGGAUGCCAGGACAUCCCCUGAGGUGGAGCAGCCCACCCCGGCGGAGGGUGUCCGGCUCACUUCGACCUCCGCCAGUGCUGACCCAGCUCCUCGGCGAGGCAGGCGCAUUGCUUCCAAAGUGAAACACUUUGCUUUCGACCGCAAGAAACGCUACUACGGGCUGGGGGUGGUGGGGAAGUGGCUGAACAGGACGUAUCGCCGCAGCCUGAGCAGCAUCGUGCAGUCGCAGCUGGAGAUCACAGACAGCCACCGGCCAUAUUUCACAUACUGGGUCACCUUUGUCCACAUCCUCAUCACCUUGCUGGUCAUCGGCACCUACGGCAUUGCCCCUAUUGGCUUUGCCCAGCACGUGACAACAGAGUUAGUGCUGAGGAACAAGGGCGUCUAUGAGAGCGUCAAGUACAUCCAGCAGGAAAACUUCUGGAUCGGACCCAGCUCGAUUGACCUGAUCCACCUGGGAGCCAAGUUCUCGCCCUGCAUCCGGAAGGAUCAGCAGGUGGAGCGGCUCAUCCAGCGCGAGCGGGACCGGGAGAGUGGCUCUGGCUGCUGCGUCCAGAACGACAACUCGGGCUGCAUCCAGACCCUGCCGCAGGACUGUUCGGAGACACUGGCAACGUUCAUCAAGUGGCCGGGCACCAACGCGCCAGCCUUGGGCUCGGGUGAGAAGCGGACAUCAGGAGCUGUGUGUCACCAGGACCCCAGGACAUGCGAGGAGCCGGCGUCCAACCCACCCCAUGUGUGGCCAGAUGACAUCACCAAGUGGCCGAUCUGCACCUACGAGACCAAAACCAACCACACGGGCUUUGCCCACAUGGAUUGCCAGAUCAAGGGCAGGCCCUGCUGCAUCGGCACCAAGGGCAGCUGCGAGAUCACAACGCGGGAGUAUUGCGAGUUCAUGCAUGGCUACUUCCAUGAGGAGGCAACACUCUGUUCGCAGGUGCACUGCCUGGACGAGGUGUGCGGCCUCCUGCCCUUCCUCAACCCAGAGGUUCCUGACCAGUUCUACCGCCUGUGGCUGUCCCUGUUCCUGCACGCUGGCAUCAUCCACUGCCUGGUGUCAGUGACUUUCCAGAUGACAGUGCUAAGGGACCUGGAGAAGCUGGCAGGCUGGCAUCGCAUCUCCAUUAUUUUCAUCCUCAGUGGCAUCACAGGCAAUCUGGCCAGUGCCAUCUUCCUGCCGUACCGGGCAGAGGUGGGCCCUGCUGGGUCCCAGUUCGGCUUGCUGGCCUGUCUCUUCGUGGAGCUCUUCCAGAGCUGGCAAGUGCUGGAGAAACCCUGGAAAGCCUUCCUCAACCUCUUUGGCAUCAUCCUCUUCCUCUUCGUCUGUGGCCUCUUGCCAUGGAUUGACAACAUCGCUCACCUCUUCGGCUUCCUCAGUGGCCUCCUCCUCUCCUUCGCCUUCCUGCCCUACAUCACCUUUGGCACAGUGGACAAGUACCGCAAGCGAGCCAUGAUCAUUGUCUCCUUGCUGGUCUUCAUGGGGCUCUUCACCUCGCUGGUGAUCUGGCUCUAUGUUUACCCCGUGAACUGGCGCUGGGUGGAGUAUCUCACCUGCCUGCCCUUCACCAGCAAGUUCUGCGAGAAGUACGAGCUGGAGCAGGUCCUGCAUUGACCCCACUGGCAGGGACAGGGCUGGGAGAGGCACCAGCGGUAAUGCUUUCCAAGGGGUGGGUCUUCACCAGCCCGCAGGAGACGGAGGCUGCUCUGAGAUGGGGCAGACGCCAGGCAUGGCUUCAUCCUUGGGGCUGGUGGGUUUGGGCUCACCCCCGUUAAAUGAUGGGAUGCAGAGGGGAACCGGGCUGGAGCCACCCUGCCUCACACUCCUUUGGGGCUGCCUCUUGGUGCUGAAAAGCCAAAAGUGUUUUGGGGACCGACCCAGGACCCCAGCUGCUGCCUGUGUGAGGAAAGGGCUGAGAGAAGCAGGAUUUUGGUGCUUCCACAGCUAGGUUGGGUCCCCAGCCCUGGGGCUGAAGCUGCCAAGGUCUCCUGCCUGUGCCCCCAGGUGCUGCGGCUCAUACUGUGAACACAACUCCCUUUUUUUGCAAGGGCACUUUUUUUUUAUCUGAGGCUCUUUGGCCUGAGAGUUUUCCCAGCUUUCGGCUCCUCGGAGCUUCUGCGGUGGCUCCGAGGUGUUUAGAGCUGAGCUUCGAAGGUAUUUCUCAGUCCCGCUCUUGUAUUUGAUGCUCCCCUGAGGCCGUGAAAGGCAGCUUAUGCUCCCUCCCAUGGACUCCUUGCUGGAUGGAAAGGCAGGAAUUGGGGCAGAGGGGCUUCUUUUCCCCUUAUUUCAGUGAAAUUCCCUUUUUGGAAGUGGAAAAGCAGCAUGUGCCACCUUUGUAGCGAUGUGCUGGGAGGCAGGCAGAGAGAAAAACACCCUGGGGGCUUUGUGUAGCUGCUCCUGGAGCCCAUGGACCCCUUUGGAAGCUGUUGAUGCUCCCACCCUUUCACUGCUGCCUUAAGUCCCUGCUGUUACCCCUUUCCCUUUUUCAAAGUGUAGAGACCCACAUAACUCUCCCCACCUCAAACAGUGCAGGGCAGAGGGAGAAGUGCAGGACAGGAGCAGUCAUCAUCCCCGUCCCUGCCUGCCCCAGCCCUGCUCCCCGGCAUCUCCUUCCUCCCACCGGCCUCGGCAGAAGGCAGGUCUGUCCUGGGGUCCGGGUGACCCUGCAGGGCUGGUUUGGACCUGAGCUGGUGCCGAACUGUCUCGCCCCUGGUUUGUGUCAUUUUGGCAGAUGUUGGUCUGAGUCCUGUUCAAUGGGGAAAGGUGUGAAUUUCUCAGCCGGGAUGUUGCAAGAUGAGUAUUCAGGGUCGGGGAGCUCGGCUCCCUCUUUCCACAACUACUUUCCAAGUGAGUCCAGGAGCUCCGUGGCACCGGCAUCCCUUGCUGUGUCCCUCCCUCCACUACAGGCCAGUUUUCUCCUCCGUCCCUCCAGUUGUUGCUCCACCCAAAGUCAGAAACUUCACUUCAUUUGUGUCUUUUUGAUACUCUUUUUAAAAGCUGUGGGUUUUUUCCUCCCUUAAUAAAUUUCUAUA